AUGACUUUGAAGCUGCUUAGCAAACUACGAAAUCAGGAUAUUCGAAUCACUCGAGACCGCAGCCAUCACCGAUUCCUCAAUGCCACCAGACUCUUCUCUGACCAACCAGUUUCGAAUCUUUCGACACCAGAUGAUAAUAAUAAUAGCAAUGUUAUUAUUAAGAAUAAACCGCAAACCACUACAUCGUCUUUGAAACAGCACGAGCUUGCUAAAUUCGCAGCCAUUUCUGAUACAUGGUGGGAUUCAGAAGGUCCAUUUAAACCAUUGCAUAAUAUGAACCCUACACGACUCGCUUUCAUUCGCUCCACGCUUUGCAGACAUUUCGGUAAGGAUCUGAACUGCGCUAGGCCUUUUGAAGGACUUAAAAUUGUUGAUGUUGGUUGUGGUGGUGGAAUUCUUUCGGAGCCUUUAGCUCGGAUGGGAGCAACUGUAAUAGGAGUUGAUGCAGUGCAGAAAAAUAUCAAUGUUGCACGCCUUCAUGCUCUAGUUGAGGAGCAGAGGAAGUUUGAUGCUGUGAUUGCACUGGAGAAUGAUGGAAGAGAGUUGUCUCUUAACUGGCAACUACUUCCCAGAUGCCAAAUGCUUCGUCUUGACGCAAGCUUUCCUGUAGAGGUGGCAAGUAUCAUAAAGAGGUUAUGUUCUGCUACUUUAAUCAACAAGGCUAUGAUUGCAGGAGAUGGGAUAGGCAUUGUUUCAGUAAUCGAGCAUGUUGCAGCUCCUGCUGAAUUCUGCAAGUCUCUUUCAGCACUGACUUAUCCUGGUGGAGCCACUGUGUUAUCAACAAUUAACCGUUCUAUGAGAGCGUAUGCAACUGCCAUUCUUGCAGCAGAGUACCUUCUCCAUUGGCUUCCUAAAGGCACACAUCAAUGGUCAAGUUUUCUUACUCCUGAGGAACUGGUACUUAUCCUACAGCGUGCUUCUAUCAAUGUUAAAGAAAUGGCUGGAUUUGCUUACAACCCCUUGACUGGGCGGUGGUCUCUAUCGGAUGAUAUUUCUGUGAACUUCAUUGCCUUUGCUACCAAAGAUGCUACAUUUGGGGUUGGCCAGACAUCAGUGAUCAACCUAAGCGACCAUUGUGAUUCUACCAGGUGCACUGGUUUGAGCCAUGCAUGGAAUAUGAUGGCUCGAAACUACUUCCUUUCCUCAGCUGAUCACGAUGCAAGGAACCGCACCCUCUCACUGCUUGUGCUGCUUUCCUUAGUUCUCAAAUCAGAUGCUGGAGGCAUAGCAUUUAUGCUUUGUGUUGGAUAUGGUGCUGGUAGCUACUCCUUCUCAUCGAUUGAUGGUGCUAGGAGUGUCGCGGACUAUCUAUGGGAAAACUUCCUUGGAGGGCAAUCAAUUUCGCAACUGCUAGAUGAUGCUAUAGUGGACGGUAUUGAUUUUGACAUCGAGCAACGUGGAACUGCCUAUGCUGCACUUGCUCGAAAAUUGUCCGAGCGACGGCAAGGAGGCAAAAAAGUGUACUUUAGCAGCUGCACCACAAUGUCCGUUCCUUGA